AGCAAGAUGAGGAACUUGGCCAGUGUUGUUGGACGGCGCGCCGUUGCGCUUUCUUCGAGGGGAUCGUGUGCAAGACAGCUUCAGUCGAGCUUGCGGAUCGAGACGACGACACCAACCUCACAGCAAAAUAUUACCAUCAACUACGCCCAGAGCAGGGUUUUUUCUCACACGCGACCGUGGAGGAGAGAGAUUCCGGUUUCUGAGCCCAAAAGAGGAGGCUCCAAGGUGUGGGCGUCAGCAGAUGAAGCCGUAGCCGACAUCAAGAGCGGCUCCGUCCUGCUCAGUGCUGGAUUUGGCCUUUGCGGUGUAGCUUGUAAGCCCCCUUGUCCUAACCAUCAAGACAAGCCCCUGACUGACUCCGCCCCCCCUUUAGCAACCCUCAUCGCCGCCAUCCGCCGCCGCGGCCCCGAAUCCCUCCACUCCCUCACCGCAGUCUCCAACAACGCCGGCUCCGAAGGUCGCGGCGGCCUCGCCCUCCUCACUGAAAACGGCCAAAUCGACCGCAUGAUCAUGUCGUACCUCGGCGCCAACAAAAAGCUCGAAAAGCAAUACCUCACGGGCCAGAUCGCCGUCGAGCUCUGCCCUCAGGGCACCAUCGCCGAAAGAAUCCGCGCCGCCGGCUCGGGCAUCCCGGCCUUCUUCACCCCCACCGGAGGCAACACCCUCAUUCAAUCCGGCUCCCUCCCGACCCGGUACUCCCCUGACGGAACCGUGGUCGAGUUUUCCGCCCCGCGAGAAACCCGCAUCUUCAACGGCAAAGCCUACCUGAUGGAAACCGCCCUCCCCGGCGACGUGGCCAUCCUCCGCGCCUGGAAAGUCGACAAGGCCGGCAACUGCGUUUUUCGUCACACGACCAAAACUUUUGCCCCCUUAAUGGCAAAGGCUGCCAGGCUUGCCAUUGUGGAAGCGGAAAAUAUUGUUGAGGUUGGGGAGCUCGACCCGAGCGAGGUUAAUCUCCCGGGCAUAUACAUUGACCGGAUCGUCCCAGCGACCGAACGUCCCCAAGUAGAAAUUGUCAAGACCCGCUCCCCACAGGAAUUCUCCUCGUCGCCUCCAAAAGAGGAAGCACCCGCUCAGGCGAAAAGAAACCGCAUCGCCCGCCGCGCCGCCAAAGAGCUCAAACCAGGCUUCUACGUCAACCUCGGCGUCGGCAUCCCCACCCUCGCGCCUUCUUUCCUUCCUCCGGGGCAGGAAGUCUGGAUUCAGUCGGAGAAUGGCAUCCUCGGCAUGGGGGAUUACCCCCUCCCGGAAGAGGUCGAUCCUGACAUUAUCAACGCCGGGAAGGAAACCACCACCCUCGUCCCCGGCGCCUCGACGUUUGACUCGAGCGAGAGCUUUUCCAUGAUCAGGGGGGGACACGUGGAUGUUUCCAUCUUGGGGGCGCUGCAGGUGAGUGCGGGGGGGGAUUUGGCGAACUAUAUGAUACCGGGCAAGGUGUUCAAGGGGAUGGGGGGGGCGAUGGAUUUGGUGAGCAAUCCGGAGGGGACAAAGAUCGUGGUCGCGACGGAGCAUACGGCCAAGGACGGGACGAGCAAGAUUGUGGCGGUUUGCGGGCUGCCGGUUACGGGGAGGGCGGUGGUGAGCACGGUUAUCACUGAUCUGGCGGUUUUCCAGGUCGACAGGAAGAAGGGGACGCUCACGCUGACGGAGAUCGCGCCGGGGGUGGAUGUCGAGGAGGUGAGGAGAAAGACCGAUGCGGGCUUUGCGGUGGCGGAGGAGUUGAUUGUCAUGGAGUAG